UUCUCAGGAAUCUCCGAAUUGUACAGGAAUAUGUAUUUCUCCUGGGAUACAGUAGUACAAGUGGAGAGAAAACAGAGGCGCGGAGACUGAGUGGAGCAAGCCUAAAUGCCCCGUAUCCUGGCGCAUUUUUACAACAGUCCGUCCACUUCUUUCGCCAUCCUCAUCAUGGUCGCUCCUACUAUUGCCGUUUUACCACCUGAAGUACUCCAUCGAACCGAAGUUGAAACUGCUGAAGCGGGAUCACUGCAGGAAGUGGACGUUGGAGACGCCUCUGUACCAAAGUUUGUUCCGGUGUACAUUGACAGGUCCAAACCACAGUUUAGGAGGAUAUUUGGCUUUAAGAAAGUUCGCAACCAACCCGGGCAAGACGUAUUUGAAGAUCCUCUGGAUGAAACCACAAGAUACCCUCUCGAUAAGAUAGGAGAAGAACUUGGACCCAAUGCUCGAUUCUACAGGGCAUAUAACAGCGAAGCACUUGCUUCUGACGUCAAAAGUGUAGAAGAAUAUCGGGAUGCGAUUGAUGUUCUCCUUGUUUUUGCCGGUCUCUUUUCUGCUGUCGUUACAACCUUUGUUGUUCAGACAUCCGAGAACCUCCAGCCUGAUUACACCCAGCUCACCACCACCCUCCUCGCGGAACUCAUUGCCGUCCAGCGCGCGUCAGCCAACGGGUCGUCCCCAGAUAGCGUACCAUCCUCUGUUACCAAUACAUUCGUCCCAGACAAUCUCGAUGUCUGGAUCAACACCUUAUGGUACAUUAGCUUGCUACUCAGUCUCACCACCGCUCUCAUAGCUGUGUUGGCAAAGCAAUGGUUGCACCAUUACACUUCUGUGACUUCCGGAACCGCCAAGGAGCGCGCGCGCGUGAGGCAGUUUCGUUAUAUCGGCCUCCAACAGUGGCAAGUCCCAACCAUCAUCGGUUUGCUUCCCGUAAUGCUUCAUCUAUCACUGGCCAUCUUCGUCGUUGGCAUCAUCCUGUUUCUGCAUUCACUG